UACUCCAAAAUUUAAUCACCUCUUCUCUUUAUCGAGUUAUCUUGCGAACGGCCGGAUGGACGCACGAUCGGAUGGGCGAGCAGUUGUUAUUUGACUUGAGAAUUAUAACAAAGUAAAUAUUUUCGUCGUAUAAUAAAAUACAUAUUGGUUCGGGACUUUGGGUUUAAGUACAUAGGUUACAGUUGAGAUUACAGUACCCUUAUCUAGUGUUUGUUAAAAUGGAAGAUUGGAAGCAAAAGUUUGCAUUACCGACCCGUUUUAAACAGCAAAAAUUGGUUCGAUGGGAGGAAUGUCCCCCAUCUCACAUUAGCACUCAUCAUGUGGAUUUAUGGAGAGGGUGCCCUGAUUAUCUACAUUCACCGGAAUUUGUAACAGCUCUGAAAGAAGUAGUGAAAAGCGGCGACGUUGCCUUACAUCAGUAUACAAAGGGAGUGGGACAUCCUCGGCUUGUAUCAGUGUUGGCUAAAAUUUAUUCCAAUUUAUUGAAACGAUGUAUCGAUCCCUUCGAUAAUAUUUUGGUUUGUAUGGAUAUCUACGGUGCGAUGACAAACACAAUAUUGAGUCAUAUCACAAAUGGCGACGAAGUAAUAAUCGUUCAACCAUCAUCUGAUUUUUACGAAUACAUAGUCGGAGUGGCAGGGGGUGUAACAAAGUUUGUCCCAUUACGGUUGAAAGAAAAUGUAACAACACCUUCCUCGGGCGAUUGGGUAUUGGAAGAUUUGGAAUUAGAAAAGAUGUUUACUUCCAAAACGAAAUUGAUUAUUCUUAGUAGUCCAAAUUGUCAUGUCGGAAAAGUAUAUACAUUGAAGGAAUUGGAAACCAUUUCAAGAUUAUGCAAGAUGUGGAACGUGGUUUGUGUAUCAGACGAAAGUGAAGAAUUUUUGGUUUACCAACCACAACGCUUUAUUAGAAUCGCUUCACUUCCGGAAAUGUGGGAAAGGACGAUAACAAUUGGUUCCUUCGAUACCACAUUUUUUCUGAAGGGUUGGAAAAUUGCUUGGGCAUACGGACCAUCUAAUCUAAUAGGUAAUUUGCAAACUGUCCAUUUAAAUUCGAUUAUGACAUGUCCAACACAAAGUCAG